GGUUUUUAGUUUAAUUUAUAACGUUUCUUCAAAAUACUGUACAUAUCAUAGCAAAAAUUAUACUGAAUGUGAUUUGAUGUAUUGGACUAAUUGGACACCAUGCACAGGUGGACAUGGCAAGGGUUCGGCACAAUGUCCACUGGGUAACGAGAAAAGACAGAAAGCACUUUGUUGUCCAAGAGCUACAAACAAUGAUACCAACCAAGAGGUUUAUAAACAUUGCAAAAUAAACUGUAACAUGACCGAUGACGACUUCGAUAGUGUGAGACCUCUAACAACAGGAAAGACUCUUCAUUCUGUGGGCAAUGUAACUAAAGAAGACGAUGGAAAAAGUAAAGACUUACCCAUUGAGGUGAUAGCUGGUAUUGCGGCGGCCGGAGCGGUGGUACUCGCGGGGCUUUGCAGUCUUUUUAUCUGUCUUUUAUGUAAACGACACAAGAAAAAAAGAGUGAAACCUGAGCAAAAAUCAAACGAGGAGAGGUCAACGAAAUGAAAAAAAAACUGACUGGACUGACGCUGCUAAAGACUUAUUAGUAUAUCAGUGAAAACUAUAAUUGUCUUUAUCAUAAUCUUAAAGAUAUCUGUGAUGCAAAU